GUUUAUUCAACGAUUUUGUUGAAUCUGAAUUUUUUUUGAUUGAUGGGGAUUCAUUACUUAUCACAUGUAUCUGUGAGAUAUCAUUUAAGCCUGGGCAGAACCUCCAUUUCUUCUAUCUGGUUGAACGCUAUCUUGUGGAUCUUAUUAGCAAAGGAGGACAAUUCACCAUAGUUUUCUUUGAGGAUGCUGAGUAUGCCUAUUUCAACUUCCCUGAACUUCUUUCUUUGAGAACUGCUUUAAUUCUUCAUCUUCAGAAGAAUACCACCAUUGAUGUUCGAACAACAUUUUCGAGAUGCUUAUCAGAAGAGUGGGGAAGUUUCUUGGAGGAGAGUUACCCAUAUUUCCUGAUAGUUGCAGAUGAAGGCCUGAACGAUCUACAAACACACCUUUUCAACUUUUUAAUCAUUCAUUCUUGGGCAAGGAAGGUCAAUGUUGUACUUUCCUCAGGGCAAGAAUCUGAUGUUCUUCGCCUUUAUGCGUACCUUCUUCCAAGCAUGUACAGACACCAGAUCUUUUCCUGGAUGAAUAAACGGAACUUUCAAGAUGCUUACGUAACCCUGCUUAACCAGUUGAAAAGAUUUAAGCUUUUAGCAUUAGCACCUCUUUUUGGAAGUUUAAAAUGGAAUAAUAUUAUGGAAGAGGCACACGAGACUGUAUCUAUGCUUACACAAGUCUGGCCAGAAGGAUCUGACAUUCGGCGUGUCUUUUGUGUUACCUCAUGCUCAUUAUCCUUGAGAAUGUACCAUCGCUUUUUAGGAAACAGAGAGCCCUCCUCUGGUCAGGAAACUGAGAUCCAACAGGUGAACAGUAACUGCUUAACCCUGCAGGAGAUGGAAGAUUUGUGUAAACUGCACUGUCUCACUGUGGUUUUUCUACUCCAUCUGCCUCUUUCUCAAAGAGCUUGUGCUAGAGUCGUCACUUCCCGUUGGGCUAAGGACAUGAAGCCUUUAUUACAAAUGAAAAAAUGGUGUGAAUAUUUCAUCUUAAGAAAUAUACAUACUUUUGAAUUUUGGAAUCUGAAUUUAAUUCACCUUUCUGACUUAAGUGAUGAGCUUUUGUUGAAGAAUAUUGCUUUUUACUAUGAAAAUGAAAAUGUAAAAGGCCUACAUUUGAAUUUGGGAGAUACCAUUAUGAAAGAUUAUGAAUAUCUCUGGAAUACCGUAUCAAAGUUGGUCAGAGACUUUGAGGUUGGACAGCCAUUUCCUCUGAGAACAACAAAAUUUCGUUUUCUUGAAAAGAAACCAUCACCAAUCAAAGACAGCGCCAGUGAAAUGGUGCCCAAUUUUGGUUUUAUUCCAAUGUCCUCUUUUGUGGUUGAUAAAUUUGCUGGAGAUAUUUUGAAAGAUUUGCCUUUUCUAAAAAGUGAUGAUCCUAUUGUUACUUCACUGGUUAAACAAAAGGAAUUUGAUGAACUUGUGCACUGGCAUUCUCAUAAACCCCUGAGUGAUGAUUAUGACAGGUCCAAGUGUCAGUUUGAUGAAAAAUCUAGAGACCCUCGUGUUCUUAGAUCUGUGCAAAAGUAUCAUGUUUUCCAACGGUUUUAUGGGAAUUCAUUAGAAACAGUCUCUUCGAAAAUCAUCGUGACUCAAACUAUUAAGUCAAAGAAGGAUUUUAGUGGGCCCAAGAGCAAAAAGGCACACGAGACCAAGGCUGAAAUAAUUACUAGAGAGAAUAAGAAAAGGUUAUUUGCCAAGGAAGAACAAAAGGAAGAGCAAAAGUGGAAUGCUUUGUCAUUUUCUAUUGAAGAGCAAAUGAAAGAGAAUUUAUACUCUGGAAUAAAGAACCUGGAAGACUUUUUGAAAUCCUGUAAAAGUAGCUCUGUGAAACUUCGGGUUGAAAUGGUGGGAUUAACUGCUUGCUUGAAAGCCUGGAAAGAACAUUGCCGAAGUGAAGAAGGUAAAACCACGAAAGAUUUAAGUAUAGCUGUUCAAAUGAUGAAAAGGAUCCACUCCUUGAUGGAAAAAUACUCAGAACUUUUACAAGAAGAUGAUCGGCAACUCAUAGCCAGAUGCCUUAAGUAUUUAGGAUUUGAUGAGUUGGCAAAUUCUUUACAUCCAACUCAGGAUGCAGAAAAUGAUGUAAAAGCGAAGAAAAGGAAUAAAUAUUCAGUUGGCAUCGGGCCAGCUCGGUUCCAACUGCAAUACAUGGGCCAUUAUUUGAUACGAGAUGAGAGAAAAGACCCAGAUCCCAGGGUCCAGGAUUUUAUUCCCGACACAUGGCAGCGAGAGCUCCUUGAUGUUGUGGAUAAGAAUGAGUCUGCAGUGAUUGUUGCCCCAACAUCCUCAGGCAAAACCUAUGCCUCCUACUACUGCAUGGAGAAAGUGCUGAAGGAGAGUGAUGAUGGGGUGGUCGUGUACGUUGCUCCCACAAAGGCCCUUGUUAAUCAAGUGGCAGCAACUGUUCAGAAUCGUUUUACGAAAAAUCUGCCAAGUGGUGAAGCUCUCUGUGGUGUUUUCACCAGGGAGUAUCGUCAUGACGCCUUAAACUGUCAGGUACUUAUUACAGUGCCUGCCUGCUUUGAAAUUCUGCUGCUUGCUCCUCAUCGCCAAAACUGGGUGAAAAAGAUCAGAUAUGUUAUAUUUGAUGAGGUUCAUUGUCUUGGUGGAGAAAUUGGAGCAGAAAUCUGGGAACAUCUCCUCGUCAUGAUCCGAUGUCCCUUUUUGGCUCUUUCAGCUACCAUAAGUAAUCCUGAACAUCUCACCGAGUGGCUACAAUCGGUAAAAUGGUACUGGAAACAAGAAGACAAAAUAACUGAAAAUAAUACUGCUUCUAAAAGACAUGUGGGUCAUCAUGCUGGCUUUCCCAAAGACUACCUGCAAGUAAAACAGUCAUAUAAAGUUAGACUUGUGCUCUAUGGAGAGAGGUACAAUGAUCUAGAGAAGCAUGUAUGUUCAAUAAAACAUGAUGACAUCCAUUUUGAUCAUUUUCACCCAUGUGCUGCACUAACCACAGAUCAUAUUGAAAGGUAUGGAUUCCCUCCUGAUCUUACCCUUUCACCUCGAGAAAGCAUCCAGCUGUAUGAUGCCAUGUUUCAAAUUUGGAAAAGUUGGCCCCGGGCCCAGGAACUGUGCCCAGAAAACUUCAUUCAUUUUAACAAUAAAUUAGUCAUUAAAAAGAUGGAUGCUAGAAAAUAUGAAGAGAGUCUAAAGUCAGAAUUAACAAGUUGGAUUAAAAAUGGCAACAUAGAGGAGGCCAGAAUGGUACUUCAGAAUCUUAGUCCUGAAGCAGAUUUGAGUCCAGAAGACAUGAUCACGAAGUUUCCGCUUCUAGUUGAAAAACUAAGGAAAAUGGAGAAGUUACCUGCAUUAUUUUUUUUAUUCAAGUUAGGAGCUGUAGAAAACGCAGCCAAAAGUGUGAGCGCUUCCCUAAAGGAAAAGCAGGAGACAAAAAGGCCUCCCAAAGCUGAUAAAGAAGCCCAUGUCAUGGCUAACAAACUUCGAAAAGUUAAAAAAUCCAUAGAGAAACAAAAGAUCUUAGAUGAAAAGAGCCAGAAAAAAAACAGAAAUGUGGAUCAAAGCCUAAUACAUGAGGCUGAACAUGAUAAUCUGCUGAAGUGUCUAGAGAAGAACCUAGAAAUCCCACAGGACUGCACAUAUGCUGAUCAAAAAGCAGUGGACACCGAGACUUUGCAGAAGGUAUUUGGUCGAGUAAAAUUUGAAAGAAAAGGUGAAGAAUUGAAAGCCUUGGCAGAAAGGGGUAUUGGAUAUCAUCACAGUGCUAUGAGUUUCAAAGAAAAACAAUUAGUUGAAAUCCUCUUUAGGAGAGGAUUUCUUAGGGUGGUGACAGCUACUGGAACACUUGCUUUAGGUAUCAACAUGCCUUGUAAGUCUGUGGUUUUUGCUCAAAACUCAGUCUAUCUGGAUGCCUUGAAUUAUAGACAGAUGUCUGGCCGUGCUGGAAGGAGAGGUCAAGACCUGAUGGGAGAUGUAUAUUUCUUUGAUAUUCCAUUCCCCAAAAUAGGAAAACUCAUAAAAUCCAAUGUUCCUGAGCUGAGAGGACAGUUCCCUCUCAGCAUAACCCUAGUCCUGCGACUCAUGCUGCUGGCUUCCAAGGGAGAUGACCCAGAGGAUGCCAAGGCAAAGGUGCUAUCAGUGCUAAAGCAUUCAUUGCUGUCCUUCAAGCAACCCAGAAUCAUGGACAUGUUAAAACUUUACUUCUUGUUUUCUUUGCAGUUCUUGGUGAAAGAGGGCUAUUUAGAUCAAGAAGGUAAUCCAAUGGGGUUUGCUGGACUUGUAUCACAUUUGCAUUACCAUGAACCUUCUAAUCUUGUUUUUGUCAGUUUUCUUGUAAAUGGCCUUUUCCAUGAUCUCUGUCAGCCAACCAGUAAAGGCUCAAAACAUUUUUCUCAAGACGUUAUGGAAAAGCUAAUGUUAGUACUGGCACAUCUCUUCGGAAGAAGAUAUUUUCCACCAAAGUUCCAAGAUACACACUUCGAGUUUUAUCAAUCAAAGGUGUUCCUUGAUGAGCUCCCUGAGGAUUUCAGUGAUGCUUUAGAUGAGUAUAACACGAAAAUUAUGGAGGACUUUACCACUUUCCUACGAAUUGUUUCCAAACUGGCUGAUAUGAAUCAGGAAUAUCAACUCCCAUUGUCAAAAAUCAAAUUCACAGGUAAAGAAUGUGAAGACUCUCAACUCGUAUCUCAUUUGAUGAGCUGCAAGGAAGGAAGAGUAGCAAUUUCACCAUUUGUUUGUCUGUCUGGGAACUUUGAUGAUGAUUUGCUUCGACUGGAAACUCCAAACCAUGUUACUCUAGGCACAAUCGGUGUAAAUCGCUCUCAGGCUCCAGUGCUGUUGUCACAGAAAUUUGAUAACCGAGGAAGGAAAAUGCCGCUUAAUGCCUAUGCACUGGAUUUCUACAAACAUGGUUCCUUGCUAGGAUUAGUCCAGGAUAAUGGGAUGAAUGAAGGAGAUGCUUAUUAUUUGUUGAAGGAUUUUGCACUCACCAUUAAAUCUAUCAGGUGUGUUAUAUAUUUAAAUAUUGAUUUUAGAUUUUUUAAUUAUUUAUAAUUUGAAAAAUGUUGAGCUGUUACUAUAAGCCAGGUACAUGAAGGUGCC